AUGUCCGAGACUACUUCCAACACGGACGCGACUGCACCGCCCACCUGCGACUACACAUUCACGGAGACGCAAGACUGGUUCUCCGGCCACAAGCCUUCUUGGCUUCAUUACUUCCGUUCAGUCUCUUCCCCUACCCCUCGCGCUCUCGAGAUCGGCUCCUGGGAGGGUCGGUCGGCUGUCUUCACCCUCACCGAACUCUGCCAGCCAGGCAGCGAGCUCGUCUGCAUCGACCAUUUCGACCUCAUGGGGACCGAUGCUGGUCAGAAGCGCUUCCGUUGCCUGACCCACAACCUAUCCCUGGCCGCAGGCACCGGGAAGAGCUUCCGCAUCAUCAGCGAAUUCAGUGUCCCAGGGCUCAUGCGCCUUCUCGAGGAGGAAAUGGACGCCGCGACGCCGGGUUUCGACUGGCUGUACAUCGACGGGUCGCACGAGGCAUCCGACACCUUCCUCGACGGCGAGCUCGCGUGGCGGCUCGCACGCAAGGGUGCCGUUAUGGUCUUCGACGACUACGGAUGGGGUCGGGAGCCGGAAGACAGCGUCCACCAUCCCAAACGCGGUAUCGACACCUUCCUCACUCUCCACGCCGGCGAGUACAGCCUCCUGUCGACCGAGGGCCAGUACAGUGCGGACAAAGCCAAAUCCGGAGACCUCGACGCCGCGCUGGGGUAUGGCAUCAACGUCGCCCUGGUCGUCGACACCGUGUACGCCAUCGGCGCCGCUGUCGCCAUCCGCAGCGCGGCGAAGCACACGAGCAAGCGGAUCACCUUCUACGUCCUCGGGUACGACCUCCCCGGUGACGUCAAGGCGAAGCUGCAGCUCUCAGUGGCAGACUGCGCCCAUGCGACGAUGGUGUUCACCGACGUACCUUCGGCCCCGUCGCCCGAGCCCGGCGUCCCAUCCGGCCCCCUCUGGGCAAAGGUGGUACGGAUCGCUUCCCUUCCGGUUGAACGCGACGGAUUGAGGAAGCUCUGGGACACCGACCUGGAGGGCAAGGCGAUCGCAGCAGCGCCCGACGUCGGGUUCCCCGCAGGGGUCGACAAGGCCACCUCCGCGCCAUACUUCAACGCCGGGGUCUUGCUCCUCAACUUGACUCUGGUCCGGGGACAGGUUGACGACCUCGUCGCGGCGGCCAAGGCGAGCGCGUCUUCCAAGUUCCUCGACCAAGACGCCCUGAACGCUCACUUCCGUGGGAACUGGUGGGCUGGGACGUACGCGAGAUACCAGACACCGGAGCGAGCGACGCUCGACCUGGCUGCGAUGGAGGACCCGGGAAUUGUGCACUUCACGGGGCCGCUGCACCCGUCGAUGGCCGAGGUCCUCAAUCCGUUCGUUCAGCCUUACGGAGCGAAGCCAUGGGGCUACGCCGGAGCGCCAGGGCACCCGUACGCGGAAGAAUGGUGGGGUGUCUGCGAGGAGACGGCAUGGAAGGGCUGGCGGGCUUCGGAGGGGUACCGCGCCGAGCGCGAAAGGAAGCGGGAGGACGCUGUCCGGGAGGGCGCGCGGGCGUUUAGGGCGCGAGUCGGCGAUGACGUCUGA